AUGAGAGUCAUACCACCUAGUUUGCAGGAUGCAUCCAUCACCCACCAAAUGCACUAUUGGACUAGCAAAAAGGCUGAUAUGUUCUAUCUCUUGUACACCCACCAGGAUGCAUUCAUCACUCGCCAGAUGCAUUAUUGGGCUAG